AUGUCCAACCUAAAUCCUCUGGACAAUACCUUACCCAAUAUUACACUACAUAGUAACGAAACCUCUCAAGCCAAUGGGGCUAAAGAGGAUAUAGAAAAUAGACACAAUGAAAGAGAUCAUGAGCCAACACCAUUUAGACCAGGCAACAGUAAUGGCAACAAUAACAAUAACUCAUUACAGGUGCCACUGAAUCCCCAGCCCAGACGCAAAAGAGGUUUAUCACUACGAUCACAGCUCUUUAAUAAAGCUUUCAAUAUACAAGAGGAUACACCACCACCACUGCUGCUGCUGCUGGUGCCACAACAGUCGAAAACCUCUUCUUCCAAUACACAGGGACCAGCUUCAGCUCCAGUUCCAGUUCCAUUAUCUUCUUCUUCAUCAUCAUCAUUUCAGAACCCACAACUCUCUCAUCAGCAAAAUUACCAGAUCCCACUAUCGGGAUCUACAACAACUACAUUUGAGCCACAAAAAGGUAUAGAACUCCAGGACAUUCCAAAAAACCAAAUCCAUUCACCACAACCGCCUCCGCUGAUCAAUAUCGAUGAAGCACCAGAACUUUUUUCUCCCAUCAACCCAACUGCAGUUAAAGGUGCUCACUACGACCCAUACAAUAGUCUUCUGGACGCACACUUGACAAAAUCUUCUUCCCACUUGACAAUGGAUAGCAUGAGGACAAGCAAUAGUACAAACUCCUUUAUUGCCAAAAGACAACGACUACACGGUGUUCCAAAGAAUAAAUUUUUGACCCAAUUGAAGGAAUUAAAAAACAAAUUACUAGGUAUCAAGAGUUUACCCAACACAGAGACAGGACGAAUAAUACCAUUAAGUGUAAACCCAGAGUCUGUGAAUUCAUACUACCAGGACGAAUACUACUCAACAAAAUUCAAAGGGUAUAUUGACGAACGAACAAAUCACACUUAUAUCAAUAACCUCAUCACAUCAUCAAAAUACACAGUCUAUUCCUUUUUGCCAAAGCAGUUAAAAGCCCAAUUUUCCAAAGUUGCCAACUGUUACUUUAUGGUGGUGGCAAUUAUGCAAAUGAUUCCAGGUUGGUCCACAACGGGUCACUACACCACAAUUAUACCACUAUGCAUCUUUAUGUCCAUUUCAAUUGCCAGAGAGGGAUUUGACGAUUGGAAGCGUCACGGCCAUGAUAAGGAAGAGAAUAACAAACUCACCACAGUCAUCAAAGAGGAUUUGGAGAUGAGCAGCUUUGACACACAUUCAAUAAACACUAUACUUACGGAGACCAUACCGGUAAAUAACAGCAGAAUGAAUUUAAAUGGGAAAACCCAGCUGUUGUCCGUCCAAAACAUUGCGUCUAACAAUUCCUCAUUAUCCGAUAUGGAAGAUUCUCUCACAAAUGAAAACUUGGCAUUUACCAAUAAGCACGCACUAAAACGCUACAAUCUAAAAGAAAUUCCUACAAAGUGGAAAAAUGUCAAAGUUGGAGAUAUUGUUAAGGUCAACGAAGACGAGUGGUUUCCUGCGGAUAUGAUUUUGAUUGCAACGAGCAAUAACGAUACGCAAGAAGCUUUUGUUGAAACAAUGGCUCUCGACGGAGAAACAAAUUUGAAAUCUAAAGUGCCGCAUAAGGAUUUAUCAGACAGGGCGUCUACAGUGCCUGGAUUGAAAAAUUUGCAUGCUCUAGUCACAACUGAGGAUCCUAACAUUGACCUAUACAAUUUCGAUGCCUCUUUUUCGAUGCACGAUAUGACAUUCCCACUUGGAUCAGAAAAUAUGGUUUAUCGUGGCAGUAUUUUGAGAAAUACCAAAGCUGUGCUUGGCCUAGUUGUGUUUACUGGUGAAGAAACCAAAGUCAGAAUGAAUAAUUUGAAGAAUCCUCGUACAAAGGCGCCAAAGCUACAGAAAAAUAUCAACUAUAUUGUAAUAUUUAUGGUGUUUGUUGUCAUUAUGUUAGCAGCAUUCUCAACAAUGGCACAACGACUUGAGUAUUUCAGCAAUAGGGAUGGCGCGUGGUAUUUGUAUAACCAGGAUGCCGGUGUUGCAGCCACUUUGAUGGGUUUUAUCAUCAUGUACAAUACGCUUAUUCCGUUAUCACUUUAUGUCACCAUGGAAAUUAUAAAAGUUAUGCAAUUGUGUUUCUUGCAAUUUGACAUUGAUAUGUACCAUAAGGAAUCAAACACACCUGCAGAUGCCAAGACUGCAACCAUAUUGGAGGAGUUGGGACAGGUCUCGUACAUAUUCAGUGACAAGACAGGCACUUUGACUGACAACAAGAUGGUAUUUAGGAAGAUGAGUGUGUGCGGAGUUAGUUUUCUACAUGAUCUAGAUUUAUUGCUUACGGAACGGUCGAAUCCAGAAGAAAACAAUGGAAUUGAUAAAUUGGUUCCGCGUACAAGUAUGCAUAUACCUCAGUCUUCUACCAAAAAGCAAGCAAAUCCAGAGUCAAUGGAGAUUGGAUAUAAUCCCAGAAUAAGCACAACUUCUUUGGCUAGAGAAAGCAUGGAUGUGCGCCAAUCUGGGGUCAGCACCAAGACAUGGGUAUCAACAGCACAACCACGUAAAUUGCAGGAUGCUACAAAUUCCUUGCAUUUGCUUAGAUACGUACAAUCGCAUCCACAAACAUUGUUUGCAAAGAAAGCGAAAUUCUUUUUGUUGUGUUUAGCACUUUGUAACACGUGUCUUCCUCGAAAAAAGGAUAAGAACAAAUGCAAAGACGGCAGUUCAACCUCAUCUUUGGAUGACGAAGAAGUGGAAAAGGAUAUGGGUUCCGUCGGUGAUAAUGACAACAACAAUAAUAAUGGUAAUAAUAACGAAAAUGACGACGACAAUAAUAAUGGUCAUGAUGAUUCUUCAAUAACUUAUCAAGCUGCUUCACCUGACGAGUUAGCUCUUGUUCAAGCUGCAAGAGAUUUGGGCUAUGUCAUGUUUGACAAGCGUUCUGAGAAAUUAACAGUCAAGACAUAUCCCCAUGGAUUUGACAAUGACCCAGUAUUUGAAGAGUACAAAGUCUUGGAUGUUAUAGAGUUUUCUUCUGCGAGAAAGAGAAUGUCCAUUGUAAUUAAAUUUCCGGAUGGACGCAUCUGUGUUAUUUGCAAAGGUGCUGAUAAUAUUAUAUUGGAAAAGCUUAAAAAUGCUAAAAUGGCCAAACAAAAGGCUAUGGAGAUUUCUGUCCAAACUACAGAGAGGAAAAUGGAAGAACAGGAUGUUAUUCUCCAGUCUAGAUUCUCUCAGGACAUUGAGUCUCGAGAAUCUGGUCUUUCUUUCCGCAAGAGCUUAAAUAUUGGUGGCGGUGCAGGUGGUGCAGGUGCAAGUGCAAAUUUUGGUGCCGGUGCCGGCGUCGGUGGUGAUUUUGUUCAUGGUAAUCCUUCUGGUACUAAUAGAGUCAACACUAUAGAUAGUGCCUUGAUGGGAGCCGAAGAAGAAGAGCGGGAAGUGGCAAUGAUUGCAGAGAAAGCUCGUAAAUCAUUACAUAUUCAACAAGCUCGGAAAUAUACUUUUGAAAUGAACGAGGAUGAAGGCGGAGCGCGUAAUUCAACUAAUGGAUAUGAUAAACAACAAACUCAUUCAGGCUCAGCAUUGCGUCUCAUUCCAAACGAUAAAUUACUUGUUAACGAAGAGUUUUUGAUUGAAAAAACUCUUGAACACAUUGAGGAGUUCUCUACAGAAGGAUUAAGGACGUUGUUAUACUCUUUCCGUUGGUUGGACAAAAACGAAUAUGAGUCAUGGCAUUCUGAAUAUGCAAAUGCAAAAGCUGCGUUGAGUGAGCGAACGAAAUUGGUUGAGGAAGUUGGAAGUAAGAUUGAAUGCAACUUGGAAUUGGUUGGCGCCACUGCAAUCGAGGAUAAACUUCAGGAAGGUGUGAGUGAAGCUAUUGUUAAACUUCGAAGGGCAGGCAUCAAAUUGUGGAUGCUUACUGGUGACAAGAGAGAAACAGCAAUCAAUAUCGGAUACUCUUGUAGAUUAAUCAAAGAUUAUUCUACAUUAGUGGUGCUAACCAAUGAUGAAGGGAUGCGGAAGAUUUGUGAGAACAUCAAGUCCACCUUGAGAGACUUGGAAGGAGGUCGAAUAGCGCAUUGUGUUUUGGUCAUUGAUGGAGCAACACUAGGCGAUGUUGAAGCGGAUCAAGAUCUAUUUGCAUAUUUCCUUGAGCUUUGCGUACAGGUAGACUCUACCAUUUGUUGUCGUGCAUCUCCAUCUCAAAAGGCUAACAUGGUGAGUGCUGUACGCAAAUUGAAAAAAUCGGCUGUAACUUUAGCAAUUGGUGAUGGUGCUAAUGAUAUUGCUAUGAUCCAAAGUGCCGAUAUUGGUGUUGGUAUAACGGGAAAAGAGGGUUUGCAAGCAGCAAGAUCUGCAGACUACGCGAUUGCCCAAUUUAGGUACUUGCUAAAACUUUUGUUAGUGAAUGGACGCUAUAACUAUGUGCGAACAUCAAAGUUUGUGCUUUGCACAUUUUACAAAGAGUUGUUAUUCUAUUUAACGCAAUGUGUUUAUCAACGAAGCACUUUAUUUUCAGGAUCAUCAAUGUACGAGAGUUGGUCAUUAUCCAUGUUCAACACUCUAUUUACAUCCUUACCAGUUAUUUGUAUAGGUAUGUUUGAUAAAGAUCUCAAGCCGGCGACACUUUUGGCAGUUCCUGAACUAUAUGCCAAAGGCCGUCUUUACCAAGCGUUUAAUCUAAGGAUCUUUAUCUCGUGGAUGGUUUUGGCUACAUUGCAAAGUGUUGGUGUCACUUUUAUGGCAUUUUAUUGUUGGGGGUUUACUGCAUUGCGCGACAAUACGACGUUUGCAUUUGGCUCAUUGAUGUUUGCCGUUAUGAUUAUAUUGAUCAAUGCCAAGUGUACGCUUCUCGAGAUGCAGAACCGUCAGUGGUUAGCAUUUGCUUCCUUCAUCAUAUCAGUUGGUGGGUUUGGCUUAUGGAACGUCUUGAUCAUGGCUUUGUACAAACUGAAACAAUCCACUAUUUACUUUGUGGCUGAUGGAUUAUAUGAGUGGGGACGUGACCAAAGUUGGUGGGCAUCGUUACUUAUUUUUUCGUUUGUGCCGUUACUAUUUGACAUUUUCAUCAAGAUUUUUAAAUUCAUGUUCAAACCUAGUGAUGACGAAAUUUUUAAAGUUUAUGAACAAGAUAUGGAGUUGCGGAGGAUAUUUGAGACAGCUGCAUAUAAAGAGUUGUGUCAAAGCUGGACGUGGCCUCGAGAUCCAUCGACAACAAAGGCAUUUUUGAGAAAAAUUUUAGUCAAAAUUGGAAUUUUGCGUGACAAACAAAGCACUGAAAAGGAAAAUCCAUCAGCUGAUAUUGAAUUGAGCAAUUAUUCUAAUUAUGAGCCUCAUUUAGACAUCCUGUCGUCUAUUAACCGCAAAAGAGCUGGUACAAACCAAUUAGACCACGAAUUACCUCCUAGUAGUGAUGGGUCUAAAAUUUAUGGCGAUGAUUUUGCAAGAACCAGUGACGACAAGUAUGAGACACUACCCAGUGGCAAGAGAAUCAAAAUCAAGCAACGUAAUAGGAAAUGGUCUCUUUCCAGAGCAUUGCGUAAACGUGGCAGCGCCAAUGGUGAUGAUGACGACGACGACGAUGUGGAUGCAAUCAUUGAUGCUAGAUUAAAAAACUUGAGAGAAGAAGAAGAGGGCCAUUGA